AUGGCAUACUAUGAGCGAGUGACAUCAAGUUUAGAAAAAGGACAAACCAGAGAUGUUUUCUCCAGUUUACAAGAAGGAACGACUAGUAAUAAAGGAUACUUUAUGGUAGAAACUGAUCAAGCUGGCUGCUCAUCUAAUGUUGGAAUGAUCUGCUGGCAAGGAGGGGAACAUCUAAAUCUGGCGAAAGGUUGUUGGGAUAAAGGUGUCGUGAUUCACGAAAUAGCACACGCCCUUGGCUUUUUACAUGAACAGGACAGACCGGAUCGUGAUCAAUAUGUGAGAAUUCGUAAGGAAAACCUACAGGAUGGUUGGAAAACCGUGUUAAAUAAGCCCAACGACAUGUGGAAUUACGACACCAGUGGAACCCCUCAUGACUACCCGAGCAUCAUGCAUUAUACAAAGACUGCCUUUGCUAAGACAGGCCACGAUGGUAGACUGCUAACAACGAUUGAAGUGAAGGACACAUCUGCAAGUUCUUUCUGA